UCGUUCCUUCGCUCCCCGCCGCCUGCCCCGGUAACGGUCGCUGGGAGUUUAAAUGUGCCGGGGCUAGGCCGGGUCGGGCCGCCGAGAGACGUACUGAGGCGGGGCUGGGGCCGCCGCCGCCCCGCUCCGGGCUCGGCGAGGAGGAGGAGGAGGUGAAGGCCGAGGCCGGGGAGAGCAGGAUGACGGUGCUGCAGGAACCCGUCCAGGCUGCUAUAUGGCAAGCACUUAACCACUAUGCUUACCGUGAUGCAGUGUUCCUUGCAGAAAGAUUAUAUGCAGAAGUGCAUUCAGAAGAAGCACUGUUUUUACUGGCAACAUGUUACUACCGCUCAGGAAAGGCCUACAAAGCAUACAGGCUCCUCAAGGGACACAGCUGUACUACCCCACAGUGCAAAUACCUACUCGCAAAAUGUUGCGUUGACCUCAGCAACAGGGUGAAAACACUGGACUACCAAUACUGUGAGCCUUGUAACCCCCUUUAAACCUCUUGUUUUUUAAAAAGGCUUGCAGAAGGAGAGCAGAUCUUAUCUGGUGGAGUGUUGAAUAAACAGAAAGGCCAUGAUGACAUUGUUAUGGAGUUUGGUGACUCUGCAUGCUUUACACUCUCCUUGCUGGGACAUGUCUACUGCAAGACAGACCGGCUUGCCAAAGGAUCAGAAUGUUACCAAAAGAGCCUUAGUUUAAAUCCUUUCCUCUGGUCCCCUUUUGAAUCACUAUGUGAAAUCGGUGAAAAACCAGAUCCUGACCAAACAUUUAAAUUAACAUCGUUACAGAACUUUAGCAGCUGUCUGCCUAACACUUGCCCAACAUUGGUACCUAAUCACAACAUCUGCCAUAGGCAGCCUGACACUGUCCUUAUGGAAACACCACAAGACACAAUUGAGUUGAACAGAAUCAACCUUGAGUCCUCCAAUUCAAAAUAUUCCUCUUUGAACACGGAUUCUUCUAUGUCUUACAUUGACUCAGCUGUAAUAUCACCUGAUGCUGUCCCUCUUGGGUCAGGCACUGCCAUUUUGUCUAAACAGGCUCAAAACAAACCAAAAACUGGGCGGAGUUUACUGGGGGGGCCUGCGGCUUUGAGCCCGCUGACUCCAAGCUUUGGAAUUUUGCCACUAGAAGCCCCAAGCCCUGGAGACGGAUCGUAUUUACAAAACUACACAAACUCUUCCUCCGUAAUUGAUGUGCCAUCCACAGGAGCACCUCCAAAGAAGGCUGUCAGCAGGAUGAGCCAAGCUGGAACAAAAUCUGUCUUCUCACAGAGCGGGAAUAGCCGGGAAGUCACUCCAGUUCUUGUUGCGCAAACACAGAGCUCUGGCCCGCAGACAAGUACAACACCUCAGGUACUGAGCCCAACAAUUGCUGCCCCACCAAAUGCACUGCCUCGAAGAAGCUCUCGCCUAUUUACUACAGAUAGCUCUACAACAAAGGAAAAUAGCAAAAAAUUAAAAAUGAAGUUCCCACCUAAGAUUCCAAACAGAAAAACAAAAAGUAAAACAAAUAAGGGAGGAAUAACUCAACCAAACUUGAAUGACAGUUUGGAAAUUACCAAACUGGACUCUUCCAUCAUUUCAGAAGGGAAAAUUUCUGCUGUUGCACCACAGAUCCAGGCUUUUACUCUACAGAAGGCUGCAGCAGAAGGUCUGAUGAGCCUUCUCCGUGACAUGGGGAAAGGUUAUUUAGCCUUGUGUUCGUACAACUGCAAAGAAGCAAUAAAUAUUUUAAGCCAUUUACCGUCCCACCACUACAACACUGGCUGGGUGCUGUGCCAGAUUGGGAGAGCUUACUUCGAACUUGCAGAAUAUAUGCAGGCUGAGAGAAUAUUUUCAGAAGUAAGGAGGAUUGAAAACUACAGAGUAGAAGGCAUGGAGAUCUAUUCGACUACGCUGUGGCAUCUGCAGAAAGAUGUUGCUCUUUCGGUCCUUUCAAAGGAUUUGACGGACAUGGAUAAAAACUCACCGGAGGCAUGGUGUGCUGCAGGAAACUGUUUCAGCUUGCAACGAGAGCAUGACAUUGCAAUCAAGUUCUUCCAGAGGGCCAUUCAAGUUGAUCCAAACUAUGCUUAUGCCUAUACCCUGUUGGGGCAUGAAUUUGUGUUAACGGAAGAACUGGACAAAGCAUUAGCUUGUUUUAGAAAUGCAAUUAGAGUCAACUCUAGACACUAUAAUGCAUGGUAUGGGUUGGGAAUGAUUUAUUACAAACAGGAAAAAUUCAGUCUAGCAGAAAUGCAUUUCCAGAAAGCCCUUGAUAUCAAUCCUCAGAGCUCAGUCUUACUGUGUCACAUCGGGGUGGUCCAGCAUGCACUGAAAAAAUCUGAUAAGGCUUUGGAUACUUUAAACAAAGCUAUUAACAUUGACCCCAAGAACCCGCUAUGCAAAUUCCAUAGAGCUUCUGUAUUGUUUGCAAAUGAAAAAUACAAGUCUGCUUUACAAGAACUUGAAGAACUGAAACAAAUUGUACCCAAAGAGUCUCUUGUUUACUUUUUAAUAGGAAAGGUUUAUAAAAAACUGGGCCAAACACAUUUGGCCCUAAUGAAUUUCUCAUGGGCAAUGGACUUGGAUCCCAAAGGAGCCAAUAACCAGAUCAAGGAGGCCAUCGAUAAACGGUACCUUCCAGAUGAUGAGGAACCAAUAACUCAAGAAGAGCAAAUCAGUGAAUGUUACCCCUAUGAAUCAGUUGGCACAGAUGAAUCCCAAGAGAGCAGCAUGACGGAUGCAGAUGACACACAGCUCCACGCAGUUGAAAGUGAUGAAUUUUAACCUCCAAAAGCCAGUGUCUGAGCUUGAGUGUGUGUCUGGUACUGUUGUGUUCUCCCCUUCCUUCGCAUCCUGGGUCUUCACAUCACUGAGCCAGCAUUGUCAUUAUUCUCCGCUGACACCAUGAGAACACCACUCAGACUUAAACUGUACACAGAAUUAAUGGCAGUGCAAUAUUCAGCUGCUACUGGUCUGACUAGUUGGCUCGUAUGCAUUUAUGAAAGUGAGGAGAAAAUGGUAUUUUUGGACUCAGCUUUGCUGGAAAAAUAUCAUGGAAGAAAGACUUGUGGUUUGCUGUAACGAAGCUGGUAGAUGUGGGGAUAGUACUAAUGAAGCAGUGUCUUGUUCUUUUUCCAGAAAUGUGUCUUAGUUUGGUUUUUUUCUUGGUAAGCAGAGUGCUGAACCUCAUUUCCAAGUUCUUCAAGGACAGUGUUGACAAAUUCACGCUGUUAAAGACUUUCGCAUAUUGUAUUGUAACCUAAAUGCCAGGGAAUGUAAAUGACCUUAAAGCUGCAGUGUCUCCAGUGAACAAACGCGAUGCGCGUGCUCGGGACGGGGAGCGUGUCCCACAGCGUAAAGUGUCCGUGUCCCUGCUCAAGAGUGCAGACUUGCAGGAGUGGAAACGUAGCAGGAGAAUCACAUUGCAGAAUCAAAGCUUUUGUGAAAUGCUUUCAUAUUCUAACCAGGAAUUAAUUUAUUCACCUAGUUUCUGAAAGGUCAGUGUUUACUUUGUACUUCAAAGAAACAAGUCAAAGGCCGUGCUUCAUUUUUCAUAUAUCCCUUGACUUUUCUUCCCCUUUUAAGAAUAAAAAUUAAUAAAGGGCAAAAUCAAAAGAGAGAUGUAGAUACAACUGUAGUGUGAAAACAUCAGACCCUUAAUCCAGAGUGACUGUGUGUUUCUAAGCAGAUAAACUGGGAAGACCAUGGAAGCCUUAAUGCAAUCAGAACCUUACAGUCAAAUGCGUCAAAUAACUGUCUAAGAUUAGUAUCCUUUUUUUAAAGCUGUUUUGUAAAGUGUGGCCCAAGCAGGAUGCAAAAAGGUGCAAUUAUCUGGUUUGGUUUUUUUUUUAUGCGGUUAAGAUUUUCACUCUAGGACUAUUUUCCUCUUCUACAGAGGCUGCCUCUAUGGACAGCAAGCUACGCCACGUUAAGUCCAGAAUUAUCUUUCUCUGUAGCAACAACUGGUGCCCUUUAUGAAGUGAUGAUAAAGAAAAUGUAUGAUACAAGCAGUUUUAAAGAGCAAUUUAUGAAUAAUAAAUUGGGAAUGAUAUGAAUUUCAUAGCAACAGAUGUGAUCAGUCUUAAUGUUUGGGUAUAGGGUUUUUGCUGUUGGUUUGGUUUUAAUGUAGUGGGUUUUAGGGGUCUUUUAGUUAUAUUGAGAACUUUGAUUUGUUUGUGUUGUUUUUAGUUCUGUCCUUGCUUACACUCGGCACGUUGUUGUCACAGCUCCUCUCUGGGCACGGGCCACACAGACGCUGUUGUAAUUUGAAAAAUAAUCCUCCAGUGCUGAGCAAAAGUCUCGUUCUCGGGGUUGUUUGCUUGGUUUGGUUUGGUGUUGGUUUUUUGUUUUGUUUUGUUUUUUUUCUUUUGGAAGUCAGAGGGAGGAUGAGCAGUGAAAAACAGGCUUAAACUCCCCUAAUAGUGUGAAAAGGAAACUCUAAAAUCUGAGGAAUGAUAAUAUAUUAAAGGAGCUUUGUGCCUGUGUCACUUCGUUCUGAUCAGCUUGUGUCUGGAAGUUCUUGAAUGGACUGGAAAAUCAUGCGGAGCUCAGCUGCCCUGGGCACCGGCCCCGCGCGGUGUGCUGUGGCGACAGGUGCUGCGGGGCGACUCCGCACCGGGGGACACGGGGCUCCGGUUCCCCGGAGCUGAUCUGACCCACAGCCGAGCGCCUGCCGGUUGUCCCGUGUCUGUCUCUCCCACGUGUGUCCGUCCCUGUGGGGAGGAAUUUCUCAGCAGCACCUCAGCACGAGAUCUGGAGGCAGCACUUGUGUGGAUGCCACCAAUUAACUUGUUAAUUGGCUUCCUUUUGGUUCCCAAAGUAUUUUUUAAGCAAAAAGCACGCGUAAGCAGGUGCUACUCUCAAGACUUUUCCAUAGCAAAUGCUGUUGUUUAAAUGGGGACCAGAGAUCUGGGAAAUUAGGUGCCUUUUUCCCUUUCCUUUUGUUCUCUAAAAAUCGUGAACAAUUGUAAUAAAAUUUUCGACACCUUGCAAGGAGCUUUUAAUGCAGCUGGGAUGUUAGAAGGAUACUCGUGCUACCUGCAAGAUUUAUCACUUAAAACUGUCCCUUGCUUUAUAUCUACAUUGUACCUUAAAGUGAUUUUUCUUCCCCCCCACCUCCCCAAGAAUGUCAAGUAACAUUUAGACCAUGCUGCUAUUUUACCUUCUAAAUACAUACACAAAAUUAGUAUUUAAUUGAUAAAAAGUUGCUGUCUUUGAAGAGGGGCGGUUAGAAGGACAGUGAGCGUGAAGGUUCUGCGGCGUCCGGGUUCAAGCGGGAGUGUUCGCUGGAAGAAUUAGGGAACUGUCAUUUCUUACAACAAAACUAUGAAAAAAUGGAAAGUGUGGGUGUGGUGUGUACUAUUUGCAUUGAAACAAUGUAAUUUGUCUUUUUCCUCUUUUUUUUUGGGGGGGGGGGGGGAGGGGCUUUUCCUGACUUUUUAUUUCAAAAAUUGUACAGUCUUAGGAAAAAAGUCUUUUCUGUUAAUAUAUUUGUGAUUCAUUAAAGGAUGUGGAAAAUCCAAAUAAACUACUUUUAAAAGCA